AUGUGGCAUGUGUGUGUUGUGUGGGCGGCUCACAUGUGCAAUGUGUGUGUGUGUGCAAGGUGGCGUGCACGUGCAUGUGCAUGGGGUGGAGCCUCAGAAGGGGAUCUGCGCAUGUGUGCAUGCGAUGCGUGUGCACAUGUGCAUGGGUGUGUGUACACGUGUGUGCAUGCACAUAUGCAUCCAGGCUCACGUGUGAGUGCACAUGGAGUGUGCACACAUAACGUGUACACAUGUAUGUGUGCACAGAGGUGUAUGUGUUUGCACACGUGAUUGCAUGUGUGUGCAUGUGUGUGCGCACUUAUGUGUGCAUGUGUGUGCACCGACUCCGCAGCCCCAUUCCCCCACCCCCCCAAGUUCCCCCACCUCCUGCACUACUGGUUAAACUGGGUCCCAGCCAGGAGGUAGGGCUAAAACCCUCCAGGUAGGAGCCUUGGGUGGUCCCCUCCCCAUGCCCAGCAGCCCCAGUACCCAUGGGUGCCAUGCUGAGGGUGUUUCAGCGCCCAUGGGUGCGGUGGGAGCAUUGCGCCAUGCUGUGGGUGGCCGGAGCACUCAUGGGUGCGGUGGCAGGGUUGCAGCAUGCUAUGGGUGGCCCAGCACCCAGGACACGCUGCCAGCAGGCCUGUCAGGGCAUGACGGUGCCACCGGGACGUGUCGGGGCAUGACGCCACCAGGACAUGCAUGGGGGGCACAAUGCCACCAGGACACGUCACAGCAUGAAACCACCAGAACAUGUGUGGUGGGGACAAUGCCACCCGGACAUGUCAGGGGACAAUGCCACCAGCACACACACGGUGGCACAGUGGCAUCAGGACACAUCAGGGGACGAUGCCACCAGGAAACACCAAGCCACGAUGAUGACACUGGGACGCGCGCGGUGACACCCAGAUGCAGGGACACGUGACAACGCCGGGCUGUGUCCCCACCCCCAGCCCAACCUUCGCCCUGUCCCCGUUCCGGGUGCCAAAGUGCAUCCCCAACGAGUGGGGACCAUGGUGGCCACCUGGGUGCUGGGUCCCCUGGGUGCCCUGCUCUUCGCCCUGCUGCUGGGGUGGCUGCAGGGCGCGGUGGCUGCUGUCACCCGCUUCCGGGCUGCUUGUCACCAUCUGCACCACUUCCCCCGGCCACCCUGGCGCAACUGGCUGCUGGGUCACACUGGCAUGGGGAAGAACACGGAGGAAGGACUGCAGGACGUGGACCAGCUGGUGGCACGCUACCGCCACGGCUGCCUCUGGUGGGUGUCACCGUGGCUGCCCGUCCUCCGCCUCUUCCACCCUGACACCCUCCGCCCCGUGCUCCUGGCCUCAGCCUUCAUUGCUCCUAAGGACAAACUCUUCUACGGCUUCCUCAAGCCCUGGCUGGGUGAGUGGGGGCCCUGGGACAGGGGGGCAGCACCCAUGGGUGCCCCACAGGUGGAACAGGGUGCCUUGCGCAGGGGACGGGCUGCUGCUGAGCCACGGGGACAAAUGGGCCCGGCACCGGCGCCUGCUGACUCCCGCUUUCCACUUCGACAUCCUCAAGUCCUAUGUGAGCAUCUUCAACAGCAGCACCCACAUCAUGCACGCCAAGUGGCGGGCGGCGGCGGAGGCGGCGGGGGGCGCGGUGGAGCUGAACGUGCUGGAGCACCUCAGCCUCCUUACCCUCGACAGCCUCCAAAAGUGCAUCUUCAGCCACGACAGCCACUGCCAGGAGCAGCCCAGCGAGUACAUCAAAGCCAUCCUGGAGCUCAGCACCUUGGUGGUGCGGCGCCAUCACCGGCUGCUCCAUCACCCGUCGUGGCUCUACCGCCUCUCGGCCGACGGGCGCCGCUUCGUCCGCGCCUGCACCACCGUGCACAACUUCACCGCCGACGUGGUGCAGCGCCGGCGCCAAGCCCUCAACCACCUUGGCCACCAGGCCUGGCUGGAGAGCCACCAGGGAAGGAGCAUGGACUUCAUCGACCUCCUGCUGCUCACGAAGGACGAGGACGGCAACACCCUGUCGGACGAGGACAUCUCGGCCGAGGCUGACACCUUCAUGUUCGAGGGGCACGACACGACGGCCAGCGGCCUGGCAUGGCUGCUCUACAACCUGGCCCACCACCCUGACUACCAGGAGCGGUGCCGCCAGGAGGCCUGCGAGCUCCUCAAGGGCAGGGACGUGGUGGAGGUCGAGUGGGAGGACCUGUCCUGCCUGCCCUUCACCACCAUGUGCAUCAAGGAGAGCCUCCGCCUGCACCCCCCGGUCACUGCCGUGUCCCGGCGCUGCACCGAGGACAUCGCCAUGCGUGACGGGCGCGUCAUCCCCAAGGGGGUCAUCUGCCUGAUGAGCAUCUAUGGGACCCACCACAACCCCGACAUCUGGCCUGAGCCCCAGGUCUACAACCCACUGCGGUUCAGCCCAGAGAACAGCCAGGGACGGUCCCCGCUGGCCUUCAUCCCCUUCUCCGCCGGGCCCAGGAACUGCAUCGGGCAGAGCUUCGCCAUGGCCGAGCUGCGCGUGGUGGCGGCGCUGACGCUGGCGCGCUUCGCCGUGAGGCCGGAUGAGGGGAGGCCGGUGCGCCGCAAGACUGAGCUCAUCCUCCGCGCCGAGGACGGCCUCUGGCUGCGGCUGGAGCCUCUGCCGGAGGAGGCCUGAGGAACGGGGACAUGGGGACACGGGGACAACCCAGGUGGUGGCUGUCCGGCCCGAGCAGCUAAUAAACGGUGGCACGGCGGGGA